AUGUCUAUGGCUCCAGGUCCAGAUCCCAAGUCUCAUCUUGGUCGAUACCGUCUUCUUGCACCCACAGCAGCGGUGAAAGUAAGCCCACUUUGUCUGGGGACAUUGAACUUUGGAGAAAGCUGGAAAGGUUUGACAGGAGAAUGUGACAAGGAAAACUCGUUCAAGAUCUUAGAUACAUACUACGAGAAAGGCGGUAACUUCAUCGACACUGCCAACAACUACCACGACGGAGAAUCCGAGACAUGGCUCGGCGAAUGGCUUGAAACCCGGGGCAAUCGCGACGAGAUCGUUCUAGCUACGAAGUAUACCUCGGGGUACAGAAAACACAACCCUUCCGAGAUCCAGGCCAACUACAUUGGCAGUAACGCGAAGGGCUUGAGGGUCUCUGUGGAAAAUAGCUUGAGAAACCUGCGCACGAGCUAUAUCGAUUUACUCUAUGUCCACUGGUGGGAUUGGAGCACCUCAAUUGAAGAGGUAAUGACCUCGCUAAAUCAGCUCGUCACAUCCGGCAAGGUAAUCUACCUUGGUAUAAGUGAUACGCCAGCAUGGAUUGUGAGUCGAGCAAACCAAUGUAAGAAAGACCCUAAGCUCCAACCAGACUCCAACUAUAUCCAUGCAUCCAGUAACCCUGACAUAGAUGCUCGCGACCACGGUCUCCGCCCCUUCUCAGUCUACCAGGGCCGCUGGAACGCCGCCUCCCGCGAUUUCGAACGAGACAUAAUCCCAAUGUGCCGCGCGGAAGGCAUGGGAAUCUGCCCGUGGGCAGCGCUAGGCGCAGGCCAAUUCAAAACGACCAUCGAGCGCACCUUGCUCGCGGCCGGCCCGAACCCAGGACGUCAAACGCAGCCAAGCUCAACGGAUAUAGCCAUCUCAAAAGUCCUUGAGAAUGUUGCAUUGCGUCACGAUACGGCCAUCACUAGCGUUGCGCUGGCGUAUCUGAUGCAUAAGUUUCCGUAUGUGUACCCGGUUGUGGGCGGGCGAAAGGUGGAGCAUUUGUUGGGGAAUAUUGAGGCGUUGACGCUUGUGCUUGGGGAGGAGGAUAUGAGGGAGAUUGAGGGGGCUGUUGAGUUUGAUGUUGGGUUUCCGAUGAAUUUCCUCUUUAGGGGGGUUGAUAAGGAGGCAUGGGCUGGGAAUCAGGAGAUUAUGAAGGUUGCUGCUAGGUUUGAUUAUCCGGGGAUUGAAAGGCCUAUUGUGCCGAAGGGGCUGCUUGAUAUGUAG